AUGACCACGCAGGACGCAAACAUAAUAAAGCAGAAUCAAGCGCUUGUUCUGCUAAGCCGUAUAUACGUGGGAUCUAUUAGUUUUGAAAUAGGCGAAGAAGAAAUUCGAAAGGCCUUUUCGCCAUUUGGUCCCAUUAAGUCGAUAGCCCUGAGCUGGGAUAGUGCUUUGCAGAAGCACAAGGGCUUUGCGUUUGUCGAGUUUGAAGUACCCGAGGCAGCUACCCUGGUGCUUGAACAAAUGAACGGUUUCAUGAUCGCUGGACGGGGCAUUAAGGUCGGCCGCCCGAGCAAUGCUCCACAAACUUCCACGCUGGAGGAAGAAUUGCGCAGGGAUCCCUCAAACAGAAGCAGGAUUUACGUUUCUGGAGUGCAUCCGGAGCUAUCUGAGUCCGAUAUCCAAACCGUGUUUGAGGCCUUCGGCAAAGUGUCCAGCUGCACGUAA